AUGAUUAAAAGUUUAACCCAAAGCCACUUAAUAGAUUUAAUAAAACAGGAGUAUGCAAAAGUGACUGACACUUGCCAAACUGUGGUUCACAAGAAAUGUCAUGAGAAAUUGUUGGGCAAAUGUUCGGGAUCCGUUUUUAAUUCAGCAAGUACAAUUUUGUUGCGCGAAAGAUUCAAAAUAGAUUUACCGCACCGCUUUAAGCCCUACACUUUUAUGUCACCAACUUUCUGUGAUCAUUGUGGGUCUCUAAUGGGAGGAUUUUUCAUACAAGGUUUGAAGUGUGAAGGUAUGGGUACCUAG